AAAUAACAAAGGUUGGAUGUAAAGCCACAGAUUUUAACCGAAUAUGAUAAAAAUUAUUAUAUCCUUCAGUUUUUCAUGUUUUCAUUCAUGUGACUUAAUGUGCAAACCACGUGUCAUAGAUGUCAGAGAUAAAACAGAAAACCAUGUUGAUUACAGAUGAAUGAAUGCUACUUUGAAAGUGCCAGGAGGGAGAAACCAGCAAGAAGAGAACGCUUCUGAAAUUUGUUUCUUGUUGGAAGCAAAUCGAUGUCUCUUUUCCAGACUGUUGAUUCAGAAUUGUAUCUGAACAUGUCGGAGGAAAUAGAUGACCACAUUUAUAACACCAUUGGAACUUUCAACAAACAUCAAAAAAGACAUUUCGGGGGAAAUCUUUACAGACUUGUUGCUGUGAGCUUUGGACUCCUGUGUAUCUUACAAGCAGCUCUCAACAUUUCACUGCGUCUUUCUCUCUAUGAUUCUGAUGAUAAUACGACAGAUCCUGUGGCUGCUUUAAGAAAAGUGACUAAAGAAAGAGAUGAGCUGAAGAAGAAGCUGACCAUCUUCACCGAAUAUUCUCGCCAAGGAUGGAUGUAUUUCAACAACAGUUUCUAUUACAUUUCUACAUUGGAGAAAUCCUGGCAAGACAGCAGAAGUGACUGUCAACAGAGAGGUGCUGACCUGAUGAUUAUUAACAGUAUAGAAGAACAGAACUUCACAAGAAGUUUCUGCAAGCACAUGUGGAUUGGACUGACUGACCAAGAAAAAGAGGGGACAUGGAAAUGGGUAGAUGGGACUCUGCCCUCCACAAGCUACUGGGGCAUAAAUGAGCCUAACAGUCAUGAAGGCAUGGAUGAAGACUGUGGAGAAAUAAAGUUCUACGAUGCUCUAAACAGCUGGAAUGAUAAACCAUGUCAAACUAAAAAUACCUGGAUGUGUGAAAAAACAAUGGUUCUAUAACUCCACAGCAACCAAACCCUCGAGACAACGACUGAAACUUAGAUUAUGGCCAAGCUUAACAAACAGAUAAGCCAUCACAAACACAUUUGUAUUCAUUUAUUAUACUUGAUUCACUGCUUUCAUUGCUUAUAAUCAUAACAAGUGUAAUAUAUUAUUGCUACUCUAAUGCUAAUGCCUGGGGAUUGUAAUCAGUAUAAUAUAUAGUACAGUAUAUAAACAUAAUGUAUCCAUUAAUUAAAGCCACUAUGCAUGGCAAAAAUCUGUGACAAAAGAGAGUAGUUGAUGUGCUGAAUAUAUUCAACUGAUUACACAGGUCUAUGUUGUUUAUAUUGAUCUGCUUCAGGCACAUGUGAUGUGCAUGUAAUACAGGCUCAUGCAAUAUUAUGGCAUUUAUUAUAGGUUGAUGCUAUUAUACCAGUGUAUGUACAGUAUGUGAUAACAAUUAAAGUCUGGAUUAAUCAAUGUUACCUUCAAAGAUACCACCACCAUAAAUGUGUAUUACAGUGGCUUUAAUGGUUUACUGUUUGCUUUUAAUAUUAACACAUUUACUGGCUAAGCUGUAUAUAUACUGCACAAUAUACCUUAUAUUGCUGUUAACACAGGUAGAUUAAAGAGUCCUUAGAAGGUCUAUGAUUAUAGUUAAAUCCAGAGAAAUUCAUGUAAUCUGCGGUGUGAUGUUUAUCUUGAAUAAAAUGUUUCA